CCAUGGCGGCCGCAUUGCAAUGGGCGUGGUCACAUGACGCGCGGCCGCUCCUUACCGGGGCACCGGGGGGGCGGGGGGAUACGAACUAGGAGAGGGGGGAGGAAUUUUCUUCCGGGGUGCGGCCCGCUCGGGGGGUUUCGCUUCCGGGACGGUGUUCCGGCCCGUUCCCACCCCCGGGAGCUGGGUUGUACACCUACAACUGGGGCAGCCAUGGAGAAAAGUGGAAACAUUCAGCUGGAGAUCCCUGACUUCAGCAACUCUGUCCUGAGCCACCUAAACCAGUUGCGCAUGCAGGGCCGCCUGUGUGACAUAGUGGUCAAUGUGCAAGGACAGGCUUUCCGUGCUCACAAAGUGGUUCUGGCUGCUAGCUCGCCCUACUUCCGUGACCAUAUGUCAUUGAACGAGAUGAGCACAGUCUCCAUUUCAGUCAUCAAGAACCCCACUGUUUUUGAGCAACUCCUUUCCUUUUGUUAUACCGGGCGGAUAUGCCUGCAGUUGGCUGACAUCAUCAGUUACCUAACGGCAGCCAGCUUCCUGCAGAUGCAGCACAUUAUAGACAAAUGCACGCAGAUCCUCGAGGGAAUUCACUUCAAAAUUAAUGUGGCAGAGGUUGAAGCUGAACCGAGCCAGACUAGGACAAAGCAUCAGGAGAGACCCCCAGAGUCUCACCGGGUUACCCCAAAUCUAAACCGCUCUCUGAGCCCACGCCACAACACUCCAAAAGGGAGUCGUCUAGGCCAGGUCAGCACUGUGCUGGACAUUCGGGAGCUGAGCCCCCCUGAGGAGUCUACCAGCCCUCAGAUAAUUGAGCAGAGUUCAGACGUGGAGAGCAGGGAGCCCAUACUGCGGAUUAACAGAGCAGGACAGUGGUACGUUGAGACAGGAGUGGCUGACCGUGGGGGACGGAACGACGAUGAUGUUAGGGUGCUUGGAGGAGUGCGCAUUAAAACAGAGAACCUGGAGGAGUGGCUGGGAACGGAGAAUCAGCCAUCGGGAGAAGAUGGGAGCAGCGCUGAGGAGGUCACGACCAUGGUAAUUGACACAACAGGCCACGGAUCGAUGGGCCAGGAGACUUACACAUUAGGGUCAUCAGGAGCCAAAGUGGUUAGGCCAACCAGCAGUGAGAUUGACAGAUUUAGUCCUUCUGGCAGCAUGGUUACUGUAACUGAGCGGUACAGAUCGAAAAGUGAGUCUCCCGGGCGGAUGGAUGAGCCUAAGCAGCCCAAUUCCCAGGUGGAGGAGUCCGCCAUGAUUGGAGUGAGCGGUUAUGUUGAGUAUCUCCGUGAACAGGAAGUGUCUGAGCGGUGGUUCCGGUACAACCCACGGCUCACCUGCAUCUACUGUGCCAAAUCCUUCAACCAGAAAGGCAGUCUGGACCGGCACAUGCGUCUUCACAUGGGCAUCACGCCCUUCGUUUGCCGCAUGUGCGGUAAAAAGUACACCCGCAAGGAUCAGCUGGAAUACCACAUCCGCAAGCACACAGGCAACAAGCCCUUUCAUUGCCACGUGUGUGGCAAGAGCUUCCCCUUCCAGGCCAUCCUCAACCAACACUUUCGCAAAAACCACCCUGGCUGUGUGCCUCUGGAGGGGCCGCAUAGCAUUUCUCCCGAGACCACCGUCACCUCCAGGGGGCAGGCCGAGGAAGAGUCUCCCCCGCAGGAGGAAGCUGUUGUAGCAGGGGAGACGGCACAGGGAUCUGUGUCCACCACCGGGCCAGAUUGAAACGGGUUGUGGGGGAGGACCCUCUUCCCGUUUGGCUGUAAGCAGUCAGCACCGAGACGGCGGGCUGGUACUGUAAUCAGUGCAAUGCCACCACCGGACGGGAUGUUGCCAAAACAGAAGAUUAACAAAAACAAAGUGCUAAAAGCUUUUCCCCUUUUCCUCAUCUCCUUGGGAAAAAACAAAACUGGGUCAAUCGACUUCUGAUUCAGGGAUCGACGGGAUUUUUUAAUGUUUUUAAUAUAUUCAGUAGCGAUCCAGGAGAAGCAGUCGUUUUAUUUCUUGACAGCAUUUUGGCUCAGCACCUCGGUCUCUGUGGUGGUGGUUGGCUGUAAUGGCCCCAGUUCAGUGAGUGCAGUGCACAGGUGUCUGUCUUCGCAACAGCUGCUGGUCCAUCACAUGGGGUAGCAGGGGCAAGGAACACUUACCCUCCCCUUUUCCCAGGUAGUUGUCAUGUUAAAGAAAUAUCACUCUCCUGGUGGAUCUUGCCCUACCUGAGUGUAUUUAUCCUGUCUUAUUUUGGUGUGUUUCUUUUAAAAUUUUAAUUAAACCAUUAUUUUAGGGCUUUCUGCUUGCCCUUUCCAGGCAUAUGGCAUUCUGCCCACUUGUUAAAAGCGGGCAGCAACCUUUGAGCAGUAUUCUAGAGGUCAGCAAAAUCUGAAGCGCUUAGGCUACUGAAAGUGAAAUUAGCAGCUGUGAGGUUUGCAUUAGACUCGUCUACAUUUUUUGGGGAGGGGAUUUGGGACAGGGUGCGCUUAUUGGUGCUAGUAUUAAUAGCACAGAGCAUUCCAACUUCCUGACCAGUUUCUGCACACUGCAGUGCUUCACAUGUUGCCAAGAGUUAGGAAGAGGUUUCUUGUCUGGAUGAAUUGACAAGUGAGAGGCUGGCUACCUAAGUCAUCUUUGGCUUUCCCUGCACUUGGUUUUACAUAACAGCAAUACUGUAUAUUGAAACAGUCCAAUCCCAGUGAAAUUAUCAUGGGUUGUUGCUUUUAACUAUGUCUCCGUGUACUAGUUUGAUAAGUUUAUAUAAAUCAAAUGCAAAAAAACCUGACAUUAACUCCUCAUAAUGGUUCAGGAAAUUCAAAGUUGCUGCUCCUACAGUAAUCGUAACUCUGUCCCUUGCACAUAUUAUAUUCCAGUUAGCUCUGAAGUGAAGGGUAAGUGUACCAAACCCAGAGCGAUAUGCCUUCAUCACGUCUCAGACAUGUUUGCACAUGCAAAUGUGUUUAUAAAUUAAAAAAUAGUACAGGUACAUCGGUGCAAGUUCAAAAGAGCAAAUGUCUUGAUGCCCUUUUAAAAAGUCUUUAAAAAUAUGCAAUAGUUGAAGAGUUGGCUUUGACUUUGAUGCUGGGUUGUAUGUAAGUGCAAAUAGGAAUGAACUGCUGGUCCUACUGCUGUUGGAGCUUGGAAUUAGGAGAGGCUGCGUGUCUGAAGGAAGCCUGUGGUCCGAGGGAACAUAGUGUGUGAUGAGGGAGGAUGAACAUCAGGCUAGUGGGAGGAGCAAGGAGGCGUUUGAAAAACAGUGUAAACAUUAGCACAGAAUUGGCGGACAGGAGACCUCAGUUUUAUUCCUUUCCCUCCUAGUGACUUGCGGUACUUCUCCAUAGCAAAAAAAGACCUGUGGCAGUGAGUCUCAGAGCCUGGUCAGUUGACUCAGGCUAGCAGGGCUCAUGCUGCAGAGCUAAAAAAUAGCAAUGUAGACAUUUGGGCUCAGGCUGGAGCCUGGGCUCUGAAACCUGGCAGAGAGGGAGGGUCUUGGAGCCCAGGCUCCAGCCCGAACCCAAACAUCUACACUGCUGUUUUUACCCCCACAACGCAAGUCCGAGUCAGGUGACCCAGGCUCUGAGACUUGUUGCCACAGAAUUUUGUGUUUUGCUGUGUAGAUGUAGCUUACAGUGUAACCUUGGGCAAACCAAACCUUCCUGUGCCAGUUUCCCUAUCUGUAAAAUGGGGGUAAUACUACUUCCCUACCUCACAGCAUGCUUGGAUGGAAGAAUCUCUAGAAGGGCAAAGUAUUAUUAUCCACUCUCCUGUGUAACGUAAGGGUCACACUGCCUCCUCCACCUCUUUCUCAGCUAGCGAAGGCCAUGAUAGUGUGGUUCUGUGCGUGCAAUGUAGAGUAUGGGAAUUGGAAUAGACAGUUUGAAUCUGGUGGUGCCAUGAUAGAAUGCAAUGAGGAUGCUCUCUCAGAGGGAAGCUUUGGGGAUGUUCUGAGGUAGGAUAGUUGCAAAGUACAGUUCUGUUGAUUACAGUAGAACCUCAGAGUUAUGAACUCCAGAGUUACAAACUGAUCAGUCAACCACACACCACAUUGGGAACCGGAAGUAUGCAAUCAAGCAGCAGCAAAGACAAAAGAAAAAGCAAAUACAAUACUGUGUUAAAUGUAAACUACUAAAAUAAUAAAGGGAAAGCAGCAUUUUUUUUCUGCCUAGUAACGUUUCAAAGCUGUAUUACGUCAAUGUUCAGUUGUAAACUUUUGAAAGAAACACCAUAAUGUUUUAUUCAGAGUUACGAACGUUUCAGAGUUACGAAGAGCCUCCAUUCCCGAGGUGUUCAUAACUCUGAGGUUCUACUGUAUUUAAAACGUAGACAUUGAUGCCGUACCACCUGUCAAGUGGCAGAAUAAGACAGUGAAAGCUGUUCUAAUGAGUCACCCCCAGGACCAUCAAAAGUCAGCAAUCUAGUGAAGGUCAAACAAAAUAGGACCGGAAAUUUUAAGAGUGUUUGAAAGCGGCCACAGAAGAAAGGAGAGAGGUGGUUGUUAGUGUGGAUUUCUCCAGAAUCAAGGCCAGAGGGGAAAUGGGAUGCACAGAAUAUGCUGCGUUAGUCAUAGCUGUUGAACUUACCAAAAAAAACCCCAAACUAUCCUGUUCGCACUAGAGAGCAUCAGAAAAUACUUUUAGUUACCUACAAAAUUUUAAGGGUUUAAAAUUUAACUUUUAAAAUACUACCAACUGUAAAACAUAAAAUUAUUUAUAUAUAUGGUAGGAAAGUUUCCCUACUGAGCUUGCUGGGAAGAGAAGGGUGAAGGUGCAGUAACUGCUAGACAAGCAAAAUUUCUCCGAAGCCGAUGGCAACAAAUUCAUUAAGUGAUGAAGGGCUGAAAUGAAAUAGUGAAUGCCUUGUCCAUAUGACAUAGCUGUGAGUUUCUUGAACAGGUUUUUACUGUAUUGAUACUGUGAACAGAGGAGAUCCUAGUAAUCUUGGAUAAUAUCAGCACCUCCUUGCUCGCUGAUUCACUCCUCUUAAUUGGCCUGGCAAGAGCCGUGAAAUUGUUUUUUACUAUUAGCCUAGGCUAGUCUAAAAAAUAAACAAUAAUAAAGCUUGUGAAAGAAUUUUUUGUGUUGUGCAGCACUUGCCGUUGUACAAACAACCAUUUCUGAUUGCAUGUGAAAGAGCCAAUAUUCUUGCCUAGGCCUCGUUGAGGUAAAGUUUAUAGCUUGUAGCUAGGGUAAGUGUAAAGUAUGGGAGUGGGGAUCAUUAAUACUCUUUUUGUACAUUUACUGAAUGUGUAUGUGUGUAUAUUUGUGUGUGUGGAGAUCCUGGUGUCUCUAGUGCUUUCUGUAACAAUGCUGAAAGCUAUCUACGCUAGCAAUUUGAGAACCAGGUCAGAUGGGGCUGUUCCUGAAAUUAUCAUCACUAAUGGUUCAGUUUUCUAGUGAAAAUGAGGCCAAGAUGGGAGAAUAGAAAUGACUGGUGUCUUGCCUAAGAUAGAAAAAAUACUACUCAUUUUUCAGCAAGGGUGCAGCUGCUUUGAGCAGCUUUUCAUGACAUAGUGAUAAAAACCUUAGGCCGGUGUACAUUGGCCAUUAUACCUUUGUUGCAGCUCCACUGAUGUUGGGGGGGCGGGGGAAGGGACAUAUUUUUCUAGUAUAGACAUAUCCUGGAUUGGCUGGGGAUCUGGCUUUGCAUUUCAGUGUGUAACUGCAACUUUUCACCUUUGCUAAACUGUGAUUUCAACCGUGAUUUAAAGGGGCAUGUGUAGAGAAGAGCUCUGUCAUAUAUUAAUACUUCUGUAAUUAACAUGUCUGUUAGAGCUUCAGAACCAGGGCUUAAAAUCCCACUUGACUAUGUGCCCCUGCCAAGAGAGGAACAUGGAUCAUCAAUUUCUGGAGAAUAUUGUUUUUCUGUAGUUGGGGGGUGGGGGGGGAGAGAGUUUCUAGUUCUUGACGGUUGCAAAGAUAACCUUCCAAAUGUGAACUGAUGCAGGCGUUUCCCUGAGUCUACAGAAAGCUCUGGUCCCCUCACUGCUGGCCAUAGCUUUGCCAAGUAGGAGCAGCGUGAAAUUAAUGCCACUCUGGGCAGUUUCGCUGCUGCCGCUGGGUUUUCUGUGACUAGCUGUGGAAAAACCAAGAAUCGUGUCAAUAUUGUGCUGCUGCUUUUUAGGAAAGCUAAACUCCUCCUUUUGGUCCUCCUUGCCAGAAGGCUGGGGAAGGGCAAACUCUUCCCCACGCUCUUGCAGCAGCCAUGAGGCUCUGGGGCUGCUGGAAGGGAAAAGAGAGCGGCUUCUCUUUCCCCACAGACUGCUAGAGAAGGGUGGAUGGCUGUACAACAUUUAUUUGUAUCUCUAGCCAGAGGCUGAUACAAAACAUAGAGCCUCCUACCAGGAUCCAGGGAUAGCAACCUGAUAAGAAUCCAAGCAGUUGAGCUAGGGGGGAAGCCACUACUUAUCUUUUGUAUGAGUCUCUGGGCCUCUCAUCAAGUUAUUGCACCCACUGAUCAUUUUCCAUACCCUGGUCAGUAUGUCUAGUCAGGUUGUUAGUAAAUUUUUCAAGCCACCUUUUGUAGAAUUCAGUUUUCAAAGGCCUGGAUGAUGAACUAGAAAUGGAAUAUGGAUAAUUUCACUUCUAGAUCACUGGUUUAAAUCCCAGGGAGACAGGUAGUGACUAAACUUUGUUACCAUCUGACAGUUAUUCAGUGCAGGAAAUACGUUUGGAACUAAUUGGCAGUCUUUCUGAAAGUCUUAGCGAAGAGAUGAUCGUGGAUUUAAUGAGCAUAGAGCCAGGACAUGUGUAACCCCACACAUGGUCCUUCCAGACCAGGGUUGAAACAAAUUGACUGGGAAAAGCUCUCUUUUCUACUGCUUGUUCUGUAUCUAUCCUGUGACACCCAAGUGACCUCACUUUCCAGUGCUGUCAGUGCCCCAACUUUCACCAGUAAUAAAUUUACUUAAAAAUGUGGCCUCAAUCCUGCAAAUGAACUAAGAGAGCAGACCCUUGCACUUGUGUGAAACCCCUUUGACUUUAAUGGGGAUCUGUCCAUGCAGAUCCAUUUGGAGGAUUUGGGCCUUAACUUUUAUGUGCUACUGCAGAAGCAGAUGAAAAAUUAUCUGGAAGAUGCAGUUUACAGUGCAAAUUAGCCCAUAAAAUGGAUACUUUGAGUCAUGCAUUUUAAUUAACAGCAAAAAUUAGCACCCAGAAAACCUAUUAGUUAAACUUUAUAAAAAUCUGCUGUUUUGCACACAGUGGUGCCUGACUAAUUUAGAGGUGCGAUUAGCGCAUGCAGACGAUUUCCAUUCUCAGGCUGCUUUGCUUUGCUUUUGGAGAAAUGUUUGGGGGAUAGGAGAAGCCAAAGGAAUGCUGCUUUGUGGAACCUCAAAUUGUUUGAGCUUUUAGUUUGGGGUUUUGUGUAAUUCAGGUUUGUCAGAGAAAAAUAUUUCCCUUAAUUCUCUCUUUCAUGAGAGGAUGUUCUGUAGUGGCUAAAGCUUGGGGUCUGAAGUCAGAAAAUCUGGGCUCUUUGAACAGCUGCGCUACUGAUGGGCUAUGUGUCAUUGGGCAAGUCUCUAUACCUGAGUUUCCCUUCAUUGAAAUGGAGAUAAUGAUACUCAUUGGGGUGGAAUACAUGUUGUGAGGCAUAACUCAUUGAUGGUUGUAAAGCGCUUUAAGAUCCUCAAGGAAAGGCUCUAGAACUAGCAAAAAAUGUUUAUUAUUUAAGCCAUCGUGAUUCAAGGGAAAUUUUUAUAUAAAACUAUAUUUAUUUGUGACCAAAUGGAAGCUAGUACUAUGCAAACACUACAGGCUGUUGUUUGACCGCAAUCCGUGUCAGGCCUUUUAGGGCUGUUCGGGGAAUAGAAUAGGUUGGUUUUUAAAAAGGCAGCAGUCCAGAGCUCAUGUUGUGUCACAGCCAGGGGAACUGGAACCUCAAAUUGUUGUAAAUCUAGGGGGGGCGGGAAACAACCCAUUUCAAGUGGGUGAUAGAUUUUGGCCAAAAGAGUCCUCCCAUCUCUAGUUACUUGGGCGCAUUGUUGCACGUGAAUGACCAACGAAGUGCAUACUAAAAAGGCUGUCUUUGAAAAUGUAGCUUUUUUACAAGCAUAAUGGGAGAUACAGAGCCUGGAGUUUGGGAAGGUGGAUCUGAAGUAUUACGGAUGCUAGCUAGAAAAGGACGGAAGGUCUAGAGCAAAGGUUUCCAAACUGUGGGGCAUGUCCCCCGGGGAGGGGCACCAUAAGGUUAAUGGGGGUGCGAAGACAUGAUGGGGCCAUGCUCAAAGGCUAGGGUCAAGGGGGGGGCUGUUCAGCAGGGGAAGCAUUUGGGGCUCUAUGCAGCCAAGACCAGGCUCCCUGCUCAUCUUGCUCCUCCAUUGCAGCAGCCAGCAGUUAUCCUCCUCUGCUGGGAGGCCAGCAGGGAUUCUGUGAGCAGGGAGCAAAAGGCUGCACCCUGGCAAUAAUGAUACCCUGCUCUGCCCCAGCACCAAUGGGAGCCAGGCAGCUAACCCAGUUCCCCUGUGUCCCCCCACCCCUUCCCUGAUCCUCCCCCUCUCCACAAUUAUGGAGGGGUGAGCAUGGGACACAAAUCUACAAAGGGGGCCUCAGCAAAAAUGUUUGGCAACCUCUGAUCUAGAAAACUAGGCAGUGAAAUUUGCAUGGUUGAGUGGGAGUCUGACUGGGCAUGUACGUCUUCCAUACCAAGGGUUCAGUUAGCUUCACAAGAAUCUUCUUAUCCCUGAAUAUUACUGAGGGAGAAUGGCUGGGACCUAUUGUUUUAGUGUCAUUGUGCUGAAUCUGGUCCCAUUGAUGUCACUGGAAAUCUUGCCAUUGACUUUGAUGGGACCAGAAUUUGCCCCAUUGACAGCAAAGGGUCUGAUGUGGUUUGUACCACUUCUCCAUGGCAGGUAAGAUCUCUGCUUCUGGCAUGAAUCUUCAGUCUUAACUCCUGAUGUAAACUCAAAAUAUUCCUAGCCAGAAUCUUCAUUGCUUUAUUUUACUUCCUAUUCCUGGGGAGUCUAAGGUUUCAGGUUUCUUGCUGUGUUCUCCACCUCCAAACUGUGAAGAAGUUACUACUGUUUCCUUUAAUUUAUUUUGUUCUUGUUCAUAAAAGUCAGUCAGUCUGUGAUUCAGCUGUAUCAUCAAUGUCACCAUCCAGCACUUUGGUAUCUUUUAUGCCCCAGGAAUGGAUAAUAUAUGUUAUGGUGGGGGAGAAAAGAAGCCUUGGGUGAAGAAAGCAGAAUUUUUCUUACUACAGCUAUCAUUAGGGAUGUAUAAACCUUUCAAUAUUAAGAUGGGCUGCAAUAUUCUAAUCAAAUUUUAAUUUUAAUCUGGUCACGAACUACAGAUUGCUAGAUGAUGCAUCUUGGCAGCAGAAGGGCACUUGUAGAGGAUGAUUCUGAGCAGUUCUUAGAUGUCUUAUUUACAUCCAUAUUUCUGACUUGAGACCCAGCGUUGGUGAAUCUCUUAGGAAUUUCAGCCUUGAAACCUUUGAGACUGGGUGGGGAAGGGAAUGGAUUAAAAAAAGAAAUUUCUAAAUUGUUUUUUUCUCUUCCAAAGUAGUUUAUAUUUUUUGGAGAAACAAGCUUUCUCCUUUUGAAUCUCUUACUGGUUUCUCUGGUAUCUUCCCUAGUGUCAGAGUUUUUCAAAGUGUGGCUUGUACGGUUAGUGUCUAAUUAGAUGGGACAGAUUACCCCAUUACAAUCCACACCCCUGGCAGCUACCAGUCCCUAAAGAGGGUUUCACAGCCGCUUCAGAAGAGGCACGUGUCUUAGUGUGGUGGCUAACCAGAAAGCUCUCACGAUGAGAUCAGAGAGGUGGCAUCGGGACUGAUGGCUCUCGGUAUUAUGGCUUCGCCUAUUUGGUAGGUCUUCUGUGCAUUGGAAUGAGCUGCUUUUCUUUUGCUUCUGACAGCAGCACCCUUUAGGUCUACUGGCUAUUGACAAAUCGCUGUUCGGCGUGGUGGGAAAGGGAGAGCUGACAAGCAAUGACAUUAGCAAAGCAAAUUGCAUCUGUCCAUACAUUUUGACUCUCUUGUAGCCACAGUAGAACAUUAGUUACUGCCGCUGUGAUUGGCCAGUAAUGAAAUGGCUGUUAGAUUGCAGAGAAGUGGUUAUUAACCUACCUUGAGUAUAAAACAGCAGUCGCAUACAUGUGCAUUCUCAGCCUGUAACACUCCUUAAGAGAUCACCUAUGCCACCAGUAUAGCUGAGUCAGGGCUUUAGCCUGGUAUGGAACAGAGGUAAAGCAUUGUCUGCACUAUAAUGUGACUAUUCUCCUGACUAUUUCAUCUGUAAUGCAGAUGGGUCCUACAAGAAGUAUUGCAGCAUUUGUGUCCAGUUCCCUGCUAAAACUAAGGGUUGGUUUACACGAUGCGGCCAUGCACAGUAGAGGAGAGUGAAUUCUAAAAUGCCCCACCAUGGAAGGGAAUAAUUAUUUAUAAUUACAAGCAGUACUAUGUUAAGGUGGACUAGGGUACUUUGAGUGCAUGCCAGCAGGGCCCAUGCAGGCCAGUUAGCAUAGAACACCUUUGGUGUGCUUUAGAAUUCACACCCCUCUAGUGCACAUUGCGGCAGUGUGUACACAAAGCCCUAGCUGGUGAAUCAGAGGGUUACUUGUUAAGAAUACAUUGAUCCAAGAAACUGCAUGGUGCUGGCAUGGCUUCUGUUAGCGCUAAGGUUUUGUUGCAUUCAGAUAAUUUGGGAGCAUAUUCUGAAACGUAUACUCUUUUUGCAAUAGUAGGUCAUUCAUCACUGUAAUUUAGACGUGUUUUUACUUGGUAGGACUGGGAAUUCAGGCUUCCAGCUGAUAGUUAUUAUGUCACUCACUGGAGAGAGAGCCCUCUGAUCUCACUAUACUUGUACGACUUCAGCAGAAGUGGGGGGCGGGGGAAUGAAUACAGAAUGGUGUUUGGUCUAUGUGAGCAGGUAUCUUUCCCAGUCUGCUCACAAACACAGUCCACACACGGUAUAGAGUCCAAACUCACUCCCCUCACAGGGUUCUGUUUUAUUACCACAGAAAUUAACUAUAACAUACAUAGCUUCUCUCCAGGCUUGGCUGCUCAUAGUGUUCCUCCCACUGCAUUACUCAGCCCACACCCUAGAUUGCCUCCUUCUAGAAAGCUUCUCUCUCUUCCCUUGUAUCCAGUGGGGUAAUGAGCCACCUAUUUCUAUGAGUUAGCAGAACUCACUGUCUAUUCCCCAAUAUAAUCAAUGCCUCUUAGCAAGAUGGGCUGUUUCAGGCAAUCUCUGCCAGCUAGUCCAGUCCAGUCCAGUUUGCAUUUACUGAUUCCAGAGACUCCUAUAGACAGUGAAGAGUAUGGGAAGGCUCUUCUGUUCAUAUCUGGCAAAUACAAAAAGAUUUAAGUUAACCAGUUUCUGACUGUGACUGCUGGGUACUGUUCUGCAAUUACUAGUUGUUCCAUUGUGCUAGACACUGUACAAACACAUAGGAAGACAUAGUCCCUGCCCAAGGAGCUUUGUCAUACGUCAGUUUUGUGAGGGAAAAAAUUCCUUUAGGCCAAGGCUUCCCAUGGUAAACCUCAGCUUGCAGUCAGCCUGCAUCCCUUCUGAGGUUAUAAUGGACAUACUAGUGCAGUGGUUCUCAGCCUUUUUUCACUUGCAGACCCCUAAAAAAUUUCAAAUGGAGGUGCGGAUGCCUUUGGAAAUCUAUUGUCUGAAUGUAUGUUGAAUUCUGUUCAGCCAGAUUUCAGGCCAAGUCUUUUGCAGAGCCCUUCGACAUAGUCCACGGACCACAGGUUGAGAACCACUGCACUAGUGAACUCCUAAGUGCAGUUGUCUUUAGCAGGAGCCACUGUAAUAAACCAGUUAAAGGGAAGGAAUAUAGGAUCCUGGGAGGACACACACCUAAGAACAAAUAUCCCAGUGGGGCAGAAAAGAAUCAUUGAACAAAUGGACAAAUAGGGUGUACAUGGUACUUCUAUUUGUAUUGGUGCUAAAAUAGUUUUAAAUCAUGUCCUUUUUGUUAACAAGAAAAUAGCCCUUUUUUUUUCUCUUGGAAAUGGGCAGAAUAAAUUUAAAAUUACACUAAUCUAAAUCAGCUAUAAACCCCCACCCUGAUUGCACAGUGACUUAGUAAAGAUACUCCAGGCAAAGGUUUUGGUGGGUGGUCUGGAGAUUAAAUUUUUGUAAAUGAAUGUUUAUGGCACUGCGUCCAAGUCAGCUGUGACCAUCUUGAUUGCAUAAAAGCAUUUACUGUGAAUGUGCCACGUUGAUUUACAGCUUUAAUGCUUGUCCUGGAAAUUUGGCUGCAAAAACCAGACUUUUUUCCAGUACAAUGACUUUUUGCACUUUCUGUUUAUAGUUAAUAUCAUUUAGUACCCUUCUCUAAGUGGGUCUCUACGGCAGGCUGAUAUCAGUGUUACAAGUAAGGGGCAUGUUCUAAAAUGUGGGGAGAGAGGUUAAGGGACUGCAGCCGUGUGUGAGGAGAGUCAGCAUAUACCAGAGAUGGAGUGGGGACAUCAAAUAGUGAAGCUUGCUGAUUAUGGCCUAACAUUUAACAUGGCAAUUAGCUUUUCCUCUAAAGUUUUCAUUGUGACUGGCCACCUGUUGCAUGAGUACUUUGGCUGUAGUGUGUCUCUCCAGUGUAGAUGGCUGACUACAGAUUCUGCUACCUUUGAUGUCAGGAGCAAACAUGUAUUGGUUGGUUGGUUCCGCAGCCCAGCCUGUUGGAUGAAUUGUCUGGCCACCAGCAUGGAUUUCUUGGAGCCUGGUGAAGCCCCCUGUGUUGGUUUCUCUGCCACAGAGUCCCAGACUGAUCAGAAAAUUGCUAUUUUUCAAAGAGAACCAGACCCAGCCCAGUUAUUUGAAAGCUUCAGAGUAGACAAGCACUUCUCACCAUGGGCAGAUACUAAACUCUGUCUUCUAAUUAUUAAAUCUCUUUGAAACUCUUUUUACAUGAGGGUUUCCAUUGCUACAGUGUGGUCAAGAGGGUUAAUGGCUCCAGUGCAGUGGUUGAAAUUAAAGCCACUGUACGUGUUCAGUUUAAUCAGGAGGCGAGUGCCUAAAAACUGAGCAGAGAUGCUGUGAGAAUGGAAUUACUAGCGGGACCAGAGCAGUGUCAUCACAGAACUGAACCCCAGAAAAAGACAUUUUCCUUUGUCUUUUACAGUGAUCAUUGCAAAUGAUGACCAAAAUCCACUUUUAGCAAGACAGUAGUCAUUCAGGGUCGGCCCCAAAUGCCAGUCACUAUAUUGUAUAUAGUCAACUGGUUCAGUUUCCACAUGGUGAAAUGGGCUGCUCUGUACACUACCAUUUAGACUUCUGUGAAGGAGAAGAUGACUGGAGAGUUCCAUUUACAAAUCCUUAAUGGGCCCGGUGUCUCAUUGUUCCAGGGCUUCCAUUUCAAGUGUCUAAAUCAAUUUUUAAGUCUAAACGUUUCUAAAAAACCCUUAUGGUAUGCCAAUAAAAUACGCUUUUGCACACACAAGUAACUGCACAGUUACCCAUUUUAUGUUCCCCUGUAUGUUUGCCUGAGCCUUUACCUAUUUGCACGUCCACACACAUUUUGUUGGUGUAACUUUAGAGCCUUUUGUGUGUGUGAAAAUAUAGCCCUAUGUAUGCACUUUCAGUGCAGGGCCUAUUGGUCUCUCUGUAGAGAGGGCUAAAGCCCUGUUGUAGCUCAGCAAUUUGUAUGUUUCUGCCACUCAGGAGAGACUAACAAUAAUUUCUCCCUAGGUCCUCUUUGGUAUCAGAUGCCUAUGGAUAUUUGUGGUGAUAUUCACAGUGAAUCAGAUAGGUAGGAAAUGAUACAAUAGCAUUUCAGGGGACAACGCACUACAAGCACUUAUGGCAGCCACUACAGUAACCAAGAAUCUAGGUACUGUCCUUGAAUCAGCGUAUCACAGUUCAUGUAUGUCCCCUUUCAAGGCAGCUGAAGCAGUAAUAAAUAUUGAACUCACCCACCCCCAGACCAGGAAAGUCAUUAAGGCGGAGCUUCUGGCAUUGGUGACUCUCGUAAAAAGCUCAGUGCACAGCUGGCCAGCCGUUCACUAAGGCUGAUUGUCCCAGCCUAAAUUGUGGAUAUGGCACAGUGAAGUCCUGUCUGAGAGCCCACCUCUCUUUUCAUGCCAUAGGGCCACAGCUGAGAGUGCAGUGAGCCAAACUCCCUUCCUCUAGAUCAGGGGUUCUCAAACUGGGGGUAGGGACCUCCUCAAGGGGUCGUGAGGUUAUUACAUGCGGGGUCACGAGCUGUCAGCCUCCACCCAAAACCCCGUUUUGCCUCCAGCAUUUAUAAUGGUGUUAAAUAUAUUAAAAAGUGUUUUUAAUUUAUAAGGGGGGUUUGUACUCAGAGGCUUGCCAUGUGAGAGGGGUCAUUAGUACAAAAGUUUGAGAACCCCUAUGCUAGAUGGGCAGGGACUUGCUAGCAUGGUGUUCUCUGGGAGGAGGUCAAAUUUGAAAUUCAUGCUCCUCCCAGCCUGCCAGAGUCCAGUUGUGGGGGAGUUCAGGCUGGAGCUGUUUUGUGGUUUGUUGUGUUUUAUCCACUGGUAAGCAAUUAUUUGGCAUUGGGAAAAGGAGCCUUUAAACUUUGUUAUGAAAUUAAAUUAGGCCAGGGAGCCCAGCAUUUGGAAUGGGCACCUACUCCUGCAUUUAUAAAGCAAUAAUACACUAAACAGGGUAGAGGCCGCUUGACUGUAUUGCAAACCAUAGCUUCCCAGCGUCCACUAGAGGGUGUGUUAGGUGAUGGUGAAAUAGCAAGUCAGGCCAGGGGUGGGAACAGAGAUGAGAGGGAAGAGAAGUUAUUGGACUCAGACCAGCAUCCCCUACUGGAAUGUCAGGCUUUGCCAAGCUAGUCCAAGCCUUGCAAGGGAGAGAAGAGUGUGUUGCUAGAGCAGCAUUAGCAAAAAAUGUAUUCACUCCGUCUGAUAACAAACUGAUUCAUUUAGCGUAUGCAGUGCAUGGCUCAGUUUGCUGCUGGUGCUCAUGAGCCCGCUUUUUCUCUUGCAAUAUGUCUCUGUUGCUAAGCAGUCACAAAUCCUACAGGCAGGUGCAAAUUCCCACCUGGCAAAGGCCUGUUACCUUGUGCAAAUGGGUAAUAUCCUUUCACUGUUGACGGAUCCCAAACACAGUCGUGCUGUUAUUAACGUGAGCAGGGCGUGUUUGAGUCCCGGUUUUAAAGCUUUGUGCUUUAUGUCGUUGGUGGAUGGGUAACUGGGCUGUGUACUCUUAUGGCCUUCAAAGGGAAAAACAGGAUCAUGUUAAGAGCUGUGCUUCCUGCAACUCUCUGCAUAGCAUGCAGAGCCUGUUUUGGCACUGGGGAGGAGCAUGUUGCAGACCCACGUGUAUAGUGUUUAAAAACACUGAGCAUUUACACGAGCUGAUUGGAGACAGCACUUUGCUGCAGAAGUGAUGGAUCUGUCUGACUGACGUGUCCACCUGGCUCUUGUGCCGGAAUUCUUCCGAACCAGGGCCAUUGGGUAAACAGUAAGAGGAUGUCUGCAAAGUGUAAACAGAAAUAAAGUGGAAAGUAAGGUUGGUUUGGUGGCAUGAUAAUGACAAAACUUGGGGAGAGGAGCCGGCUGGGCCAAGACAAGGAGUUAGUUCCACAGUUGUUUCUGGUGGUGUUUCAGUGUAAGUGUUGCUUUGCCUGUUUCUGGCAGUAGCCAGCAAGCAGCAUUGGAGAGAAUGGGAAUGAAAUGCACCUGCAAAGCUUGAUGGGAAAGAACUGUUUGUCUCUAGCAUGUUUCAGAUGUUGUGCAAAGGGGGGGAGCAAAUUAAAAGCCUAGGUUCAUUUAGCAGCACCCAACGGUGCCUCUACCCUAAUAACACAUGUACUGUUUUUCAGCAACAACCAGCAAUCUGCAGCUGCAGCAAUGUUAAGCCACUGGCAGAGGCAUUUCUGACCUCUUGACCACUGUGUCAUGCAUGAUAGGCAAGGUGCCUGAACCCUGGCUAUACUAGUGCUGAUACCAUUGCUCCCACCAGUGCAGCUGCGGGAGUUGCUGUAAUACUUCACUUAAUUUUUCUAGUCAAGGUCAGGAAGUGAUGACAAGCGUUCUAAAAUUUGUGCUGUGUGGCUGAAUCAGGUGCAGCAGGCUUUGUCCUUAGAGGUGUUUCAAUCACUGGCUGAAAUUGUCAGUGGUGCCUGAGGCAUUAUCAUUAAUGGCAGUUAAGCAUCCAGAUUCCCCUAAGUGACUAAAAAUCCCUUUCUCUGAAAUUUAAAUACUACAGCCUCUAUAAGAAAUUGAUAAUCUGAGUUUAAAUGGGAGAAUAACCGAAAGGAUUGCGUCAGCACUGAAGGUGAAGGCAAAGUGAAGUGUAGUGGAAUAUCAAGGAGUUUCCAGGCCCGUGCACGACUUUAAAAUGUGACUAAUUCCCUCGGGGCAAGUGGCGAAUGUGCCUUUGAAAAUCUUGCCUUAGCUCUCUAUCUUUUGAAUAAUCAGUGAUGGAUGUGUACGUCCAUGAAAUUACAUUUCUUACCUAAAACGUGCCAUAGAAAUCUGCUGCUUCCUGUGUCAGACUGCAGCUCUGAUUUUCCCUGGUUUACAAAUAAACCAGGCUGUGUUUACCAUUAGCAUUAUCAUUUAAAUGACCUCUCCCAAGAGGCUGUCCCAUUCAUAUCAGUAACACUUUUGAAACAUAUUCAGGUAUCUUUAAACACUGCUGUGCAACUUCCUUGUUCAGUUUUACAUAUUCUGAUUUCAUGAAUAGUCAUCUAAGGCAGGAAUAAAAAAACAAACGUCUGCAUUAUUUUUCCAUGUCAGGUUCCACUGUCAGGUUUAUUAAGCCCCAGAUUUAGCUUGCUUUGUAUAAACCCUUCUUGAAAAACUCAGAUACCCACGUCCCCCCCCAUGAAUAUGUAUUUUCAUUAUUUUUGUAUUGUAGGGAAAUGUAUUUAUUUAAACCUUCCCUGUUGGGUUUGGAUUUCAUACACCACCAUUGAACAGAGCACGAGAAACUGUGAAAUGGAUUUAAAAAAAAGUGAAACUGGCCAGUCUAGUUUCAGGCAAUCGUAGUGAAAUACAGAAAAUAAUGGUAUAAAUGGGGAAAGGUAAAUUUUAAAUUAUUAAAUCUGAAAAAGUUUAAAAACCUACCUUGGACAAAGACCGUUUUUGAUAGUGAUUUUUUUUUUAAUCUGAUCAUGUCACUGCAGCAGUUCCUAAGUUUUUGUUCUGCUUAGUAAAAAUUGUACAUUGCGAGGUGCAUAAAGCCAGCAGAGGGGUGGGGAUGGGGAGCCUGUUUUUAGCCAGAUGUCUAGGGCAUUCAGUACAAAUGGGACUUUGUACCUCCCAUGAUGCUAUACCCCUUAGGGUUUUCACAUACACGGGAGCUCUCUGGGUUACUGUGAAGCUUUUAUUUAAUAGUUUUAUAUCCUGCAAAUCAGUAUGUGAACACACCUACCACACUUAACGGGGUGGGAGUGAUUGGCAAGAGCCAAGUCCAGUUUGUAUUUGAAGCCAGAUAUUAUGUAAGCUUCACAUUAAACAAAGUGUUGACAAGGAAAUGCUCAUUGAGCUUACAGCUCUGAGUUCACAAAAAGGUUUGAAACAUUCCACUACUCUCUCUCUCUGCUGAGGAAUCCUCUCCUCUCCCCCCAGAACCCUUUCAAGUCUGCUGCAAUAUAAAUUUGAAGCACCCUCAAGUUCAUGGUGACUCACAUCACAGGCUUACUCUGUUAAAAUGCAGUGGUAGGAUUCAGUUAACAUAGUGUGCUGUCUGGUUACACUCAAAAUACAGGCUUAGGGCACAAUUUGUCUUGUAUCUGCCACAGUGGAGCUAGAUAUUUGGUGUGAUGCACUUCUGUUCUUCCUAAGCAUUAGGAACAUCCAUGUGGGGGUUCUCUGCCUGUAGGGAAAGCAGCAUGUCUGAGCUGAAAAUCAGCUGAGUGGCAUAGAGAGUGGAGUUAUGCAAUAAUCAUACAAUGCCACUUACCGAAGAAGCAUUCCCUUUGGCUUUAUUGAGUCACCUCCCUUGGCACCACAUGACUUGCAAAGGAUUCUGGGGCUACAGCUUCAGCAGGACAACUGAAUCAGGGAAGUGUUUUUAAAUUGAACGGGGACAUGUUUUCUCCUCUCAAUUAUAAUUUGUUUCUUUUAUGCUUGUGUGUGUAAAGUUGCUGAUUGAUUUUUAGACUGGGCAACACAAUAUGAGAAUCAAUCUUUCUCUUGGAGGAAAACGGGGACGUAUGGACUUGCCCACAGCCUUUUUUAAAACAUGAGUUGGCAAGAGUAGGAUGUGUUGGUUCUGUCCCUGAGCGUUCCAAUUGUACUGUGAUUCCUCACUUUGAGCUGUGCGUAAGAUGAGUGACAAGAGAAGGAAACAAGGUAGGAGCGAUUUUUAUUGAAAUUGAAAGCAAGCUAUUCUAAACAGCGCUUUGUGGGGGAAGAGUGAAAACAAGGCCCAGGUUCCCCCCCCCCUCGCUUUGGCAUCUCAGCCUGUAUUCAAUCUGGAAUUGUCCCCAUGGAGGGCUCUCUUCCCCCACUUUCUCUUGACCAAAUCUCCCAUUUCCCAACCUCACCCCCAUCUUUUCUACAGAAGGCUGUGAAUGUGAGCCUCAGUCUCAGGCUAUGGGGCUACUGGCUUUUUUUUUUUCCUUUGUAAAUGUGUCCGGUAACCUUGCGUCUUGCAUCAAACGUUGUCCUAUGCAGUCGCAUGGUAACACUGAGGAAGAAUAGCUCUGACUGAGCAAUCUCGACCCAUGCAGAGUGAUGAAUGGGUGCGUUCCCAAGGAGAAUGGAGCAUUUAGUUACUAAAGUAAUUUAAACUUACUAUAAGUGGCUUUUUAUUGCAAUUUGCUAAUCAAAUUUGAUUCAUAAUAUACUAAACUGACAAUCAAUUUCUAAAAUACAGAAACCCCUUAGACGGGGAGGAUUGAAUAUGUUUUCAAUAGAAAAGAACUGGGGUAACUUUGUCCUUAGAAAAACAACAGAGAAAACAGUUUUUGUGGUGGUUGUUUUCUGACGCAAUCACUCCAUCCACUGAGUUGCAUCACGCUGCAGAAGAUGUACAGGACAGUAACUACCUCCCUCUGUCUGAGUGCUGAGGUUGCCAUGCUACACAUGUUGCUAUUUACAAAGCUUUUAUGUAGAACAGUGGUUCUCAAACUUUUUUCAUUUGCAGACCCCUAAAAAAUUCCAAAUGGAGAUGUGGACCCCUUUGGGAAUCCAUUAUCUGUACAUGUAGUUUAAUACUGUUCAAAGUCUUCUGUAGACCCCUUAGACAUAGUCUGUGGCCCCCCCAGGGGUCCACAGACCAUAGGUUGAGAACCACUGAUGUAGAACACAGAUUUAAUUUUGCCCCACCUGUGUUUUUAAAAUGCAGGUCUGCUCUGUUAAGUGACUCUGUGAAAAUGGCAUCUGGGGUUGGGUGUUCAUUCUAACAGACUCCAGCUUUGGGUUACAAGCCAGAUCUUUUUUCUGACAGCCAGCCCUACAAACUACCUUUCAGUUCUGAAAGUAAAGCUGGGUGCUUUCUGGCUUGUUCAUGCUCUAAUAAUGAAGGCCAAAGGCCUGUGUUAAACCUGUAAGACUGUGGACUUAACUCAGUUCCAGCUACAGGAAGUUAACAAUCCUAGUACAGUAGGGGAAGACUCCAGCUCCCUCCCUCUCCUGAAGAGUUGUCGGUGCAGAGCUGACAGGUGCGAAAAGCAAUAAAUACCUUAUUUUAGUCACUAGGCAGCAGAUCUGACUCUGAAUAGACAGGGGAGAAACAGACCCGCUAAGUAAAAAGGUGCCAUUUUUACAAAGUCCCUUUUCAAAUGAGAACAGCACUUUACCUAGGUUACGUUAAGGAAGAAAAACCCCAUGCCUGAAAAAAUGCACUUUAAAUCUUAAAAUGAGUGUGGCUGUUGCUGGCUUUGUAGCCACUUGUACACGCAGCUGGAUUGUUUUAGCAAGAGUGUUUUGGAGGGAGUGAUGUUGCUAAACCUUUGGCUGCUGCCAUUGCCUGCUGCAGCCUCAUAAGCAAAUGCAGCUCUACCUCCUACCUCAGCAUCCCCUCCUUGUGCAAGACUGUGGCCCCGGCUACACUAAAAAACCCAGGAGAUUACCCACCGCAGCCACAGUGGGUGUAGCUCCGCCUGGCAAUAGCAUUCUCUGAAUGGGCACAAAUUGAUCUGUGUGAAUGCUUUUAUAAGUGAGCCUAAAAAAAAUUGCCCUCAGCUGUAGAGUGUGUUUUAACACCCAUUUCUAAUAGGUCAGAAGUUACACCAGUUAUAGUACAGCAGAUGGACCAUCAACACGCCCCAGGCUUAACUCUGUUAUAACAGGACUGAGCCACAACAGAGCUGUUACUGGGGUUUUUUUUAGUGUAGAUGGGGCCCUAGUCAGUUCUGUGGUUUUAAAGUCCAAAUGUUAUUCAUGUCUCACAUGGACCCUGCUUUUGCCUCAUGUUUAGAGUAACCAAAAAUAUAAUAAUUGGGACAUCUCUUUAAAAUGCUGACCUAUGAAGCUAAAGCUGGUGUAUGACACCUGUCCUAACCAUUGAGACUUUUUUCACAGGUAAGAAGUUUCAUGGUGUACUAAUUUCUUUAAUUUUUUUUUUUUUUUUUUUUUUUGGCGUGGGGCAUUGUUAGAGUCCUUAUUUUAAAAAGGUGACGUUCACACUGAGUCUGCAGUAGGUUGAAGUGGGGCCCUGCUAUGUGUAAUUUGGUAAGAUCAGAACUGGUCUUAAAUGAUUUUACAAGCUUCUCCCAAACUGGUCCUCUCACCUUCCUUUCCUCUCAGUGAUCCAGGCACACACCAGCACUUAGUGAGGGCUGGCUGGUAGCCUACACUGAUUGUUGAUGGUGCUGACAGGGAAGGGAAGCAAGAGGACCAGGGUUUGAGGCAUAAGGGGGAAGAUAAACAAUUGUACAAAACAUUUAAAUCAGUUUAGAAAAAGCUCUCAGCAUACAGCUUUAAGAACAAUGUGAAUGAAAACGUAGCAACUUGGUUAGGAAUCUUUGAAAAUUCUAUAAAUGUAUACUUGAAAUUCUGUUUGUAUUAAAAACAAAUUGCAUUUUCUUCUUUCUUUUAACACUGUAAAAGAACAUUAUGCAUGUGAGUGGUUUGAAAAUUAAAUGGUUUAAUACUCA